AGAACCAGCUGCAGGGCAUUAUGGGGCGGAGAUGGCAUUCUAGUACACACUCGGACGACGGCAAAGCAGGACUAGUACGAGACCUGGAGCCCACCUGCGAGUGGACAUAGAUAUCGAUUAGAAGCACAUAAACAAGCAAAGGUGUCCUGCAGACGGGAGUCGGCUCUCAGAUUCCGGUGUCAUGGCUCAAAAUGAUCUGAUGAGCAGCGCGGAGGACGUGGCAGAUCAGUUCCUUCGAGUGACGAAGCAGUACCUGCCCCACAUAGCGCGUCUCUGUCUGAUAAGCACGUUCCUGGAGGACGGGAUUCGCAUGUGGUUCCAGUGGAGUGAUCAGAAAGAUUAUAUUGAGACGACGUGGGGAUGUGGCUUCUUCCUGGCCACACUGUUUGUUUUAAUCAACUUGCUCGGACAGCUGGGUGGUUGUAUACUGAUCCUGAGCAGGAAUUUUGUUCAGUAUGCCUGCUUCGGAUUAUUUGGGAUCAUCGCCUUACAGACUGUUGCCUAUAGCAUUCUUUGGGACCCAAAGUUUUUGAUGAGGAAUCUGGCUCUGGGUGGAGGCCUGCUGCUGCUGCUGGCAGAGUCGCGCUCUGAGGGCAGGAGUAUGUUUGCUGGGGUUCCUACUAUGAGAGAGAGCUCUCCGAAGCAGUACAUGCAGCUGGGUGGCAGAGUCCUGCUGGUGCUUAUGUUUAUGACACUGCUGCACUUUGACACAAGCUUCCUCUCGAUCUUGCAGAACCUGGUGGGCACAGCUCUUAUUGUCCUGGUGGCAAUCGGUUUCAAGACUAAACUAGCCGCUCUAACCCUGGUUAUCUGGCUGCUGGCUAUCAACGUGUAUUUCAAUGCUUUCUGGACCAUACCAGCCUACAGGCCUAUGCACGACUUCCUCAAGUACGACUUCUUCCAGACCACGUCGGUGAUCGGAGGCCUUCUGCUGGUCGUAGCACUAGGUCCAGGUGGAGUGUCCAUGGAUGAGAAGAAGAAAGAGUGGUGAGACAGGACUGAACUCAAACGGCUCACUCGCUCACUCAGUAGUUUGCUCUUUGGCAACAGCUUUCACAGAAAACAGGUACACUACUUAGGGAGGAAAGAGCCAAUUGAGACGUGGCCUCACAAACCAGGACCGACAGAACGACCCGUUCUUCACAUCUCAUGCACUGUCUGUGUUUUCAUCUUGCGUGCUUACUGAAUUAUUUCUACCAGCACUUUUAGACAUGUUAGUGUAUCAUAUUUAUUUUCUAAGGAUCGGGUCAAAUUCUGUUAUUUGACAACCCCCUUGAAAAUCUGAAACAUCCGUGUUAUAACAGCUGCGACUAUGCUGAAGAAUAACAAAUUAAUCUCUCUUGCCAUUUUGUUUCUCUGCAUUUUUUAUUUCAAUGCCAAUUGCAAGUCAGCAAACCAAAGACAUAAGCUUCAGAGAUAUACGUAAUUCUGCUUAUAUCUUCAUUUAAGCCAUUUAAUUGAUGUGAAAAUUAAUUUAAAGUAAAAUGGUAAGUCGAUGUCAUUGAAAAUGUUGUUGUUUUUUUUGCCCGUGUUAUGUCAGUCGUGUUUCGUGUGCUGUCUCUGGGCAGGACUUCAGCUGGUAAUAUUGUUUCUGUGUUGAAAUCUGUUGCACACUGGUUAUGUUAAAUGUUUCAAUCUCUC